AUGAGCGCUGCGCUUCGCGUACCGCUGCGGGCCUGCGCCAAUCCCGCCACGGUUAUCGGACAAUCGUUCAAACCCUCGAUUUCGACUUCGAUUUCCAUUCCCGCCGGCGCAUCGUUCCAUACACACUCGAAAUCUGCUCUGCACACGUCGCCAGUAACGUGCGCAAAUACUGUGAAGUCAUGGGGUCCUCCACAGAAUUGCACAAACUCGAUCUCGGCGACUGCGAAACGGUCUUUUGCCAGUAGGACUUCGUCGCUGCUUUCCGCAGAGGCUUCGAGUUUGAAGAGUAAUGCCGCGGAGGUCAAGUCAAGCCCCGCGCUGAGGAAUUAUGCCAAAUAUUUGGUGAUACUGGGUCUGCUUGGUGCUGGAGCAUUUGCGUUCUCAGAUAAUGUCCAGCAUAUUUAUGGUGCGGCGCAGAGAAGUGGGCGUGUGGUUGGUACUCUAGCCGUUUGUAUCAAUGACUACCGCGUUACCCUCAAUCAAGCCGCCGUCGCAUCCCCCGAAGACUACGACGCUCUAAUCCGCGCAUGCCACAAGCGCUGUGCAGAGCGCACCCUGCGCGUAUUGGAGAAGAACGGGUCAAUCUUCAUCAAGCUUGGCCAGCAUCUUAGCAGCAUGGGCUACCUCCUCCCUAUCGAAUGGACCUCGACUUUCAUCCCGCUUCAGGACAAAUGCCCCGUCUCAUCUAUCGAGUCAAUCGAACAGAUGUUCGUUACCGACACUGGCCAGACAAUCGACGAGCUAUUCAGUUCGUUCGAGCCCACGCCUAUAGGUGCAGCCUCUCUUGCUCAAGUUCAUAUCGCCACGCUGAAAGAGACUGGUCAGAAAGUUGCUGUCAAGGUGCAGCAUCCUGCUCUUGCGGAGUGGGUGCCGCUGGAUCUUUCGUUGACUCGGUUUACGUUCUCGAUGCUCAAGCGCUUCUUCCCGGAAUAUGACCUUGAGUGGUUGUCGCGAGAGAUGGAUUUGUCUCUGCCUGUUGAAUUGGAUUUCCGUAUGGAGGCUCAGAAUGCUACCGCUGCCAGCGAGUAUUUCAAGAAGCACUCUGACGCGCCAUUGGUUAUUCCCGAAGUGAUGUGGUCGCAAAAGCGCAUUCUCGUCAUGGAAUUCAUCGCCGGCCGCCGCCCCGACGACCUCGCCUUCCUCGACGCCAACAACAUCGACCGCGACGAAGUCUCCGCCGCAUUCGCCCACAUCUUCAACGAAAUGAUCUUCGGCGACGAAGCCCCGCUACACUGCGACCCUCAUGGCGGCAACAUCGCCAUUCGUCCCAACCCUACCCGCAGCCAUCCCAACUUCGACAUCAUCCUGUACGACCACGGUCUAUACCGCAACAUCGACCGCGAUCUGCGCCGCAACUACGCCAAGCUGUGGCUUGCUGUGAUUGACGCCGAUGUACCCCGGAUGCGCGAGUAUGCCUACAAGGUGGCCGGUGUCACAGACGAGCAGUUCCCACUCUUUGCUAGCGCUAUUACCGGUCGUGAUUAUAGCGUGUUGACGAAGAAGAACGUUGCUUCUGCGCGGACGGCUGAGGAAAAGAAGGAGGUCACGAGUGCUCUGGGCGAGGGCAUGUUGCAGCAGCUUGUCGUGUUGCUCGGCCAGGUACCGCGUAUUAUUUUGUUGAUUUUGAAAACGAAUGAUUUGACCCGCAGUCUCGACGAAAACCUCCACACCCGCCAAGGCCCCAUGCGCACAUUCCUCAUCCUAGCGCGAUACGCCACCCGCACCGUCUUUGAAGAACAAAUGGAAUCCAUCCGUGAAUCGGGCGGUGUCUUCAUGAACUUCUUCCAGUUCCUGUCCGCGUGGGCUGGCUUCCUCCGCGUCGAAGUGAGACUAUCUGUCUAUGAGACUGUGUUAUCGUUGAAGAGUCGCUUUGGACUGCAGACUGGCUUUUAG